GGCCCUCUGCGCUCAGCGCCCGGAGCGGCGGUCGGUAGCGGCAGUGGUGGCGGCGACGGUUUCGUGGCGGCCGCGCGCUGCUCAGUGAGUGGCGGGUGGCGAACGGGCCUAGGCCCUCACUCCUGACACUUUUCCUCCCCCACCGCAUCGCGCUUUCUGAAGCAAAGACUCACUUUGAGGAUGUUUAAUAAAUCAUUUGGAACACCCUUUGGGGGUGGCACAGGAGGCUUUGGUACAACUUCAACAUUUGGGCAGAAUACUGGCUUUGGCACAACUACUGGAGGGGCAUUCGGAGCAUCUGCAUUUGGUUCUAGCAACAAUACUGGAGGCCUGUUUGGAAAUUCACAAACCAAACCAGGAGGAUUAUUUGGUACCAAUUCAUUUAGCCAGCCAGCCACUUCCACAAGCACUGGCUUUGGGUUUGGCACAUCAACAGGAACAUCAAAUAGCUUGUUUGGAACUGCAAGCACAGGAACUAGUCUCUUCUCAUCCCAGAAUAAUGCUUUUGCACAAAAUAAACCAACUGGCUUUGGGAAUUUUGGAACAAGUACUAGCAGUGGAGGGCUCUUUGGAACUACAAAUACCACUUCUAACCCUUUUGGUAGCACAUCUGGCUCCCUUUUUGGGCCAAGUAGUUUUACAGCAGCACCUACUGGGACUACCAUUAAAUUCAAUCCUCCAACUGGUACAGAUACUAUGGUCAAAGCUGGAGUUAGCACUAACAUCAGCACCAAGCACCAGUGUAUUACUGCUAUGAAAGAAUAUGAAUGCAAGUCACUAGAGGAACUUCGUUUAGAGGAUUAUCAAGCUAACCGUAAAGGCCCUCAGAACCAGGUGGGAGCAGGUACCACGACUGGCUUGUUUGGGUCUUCUCCAGCCACCUCCAGUGCUACAGGACUCUUCAGCUCCUCCACCACUAAUUCAGGCUUUGUAUACGGUCAGAACAAAACUGCUUUUGGAACUAGUACAACUGGAUUUGGGACAAAUCCAGGUGGUCUCUUUGGCCAACAGAAUCAGCCAACCACCAGCCUCUUCAGCAAACCAUUUGGUCAGGCCACGACCACCCAGAACAGUGGCUUUUCUUUUGGUAAUACCAGCACUGUAGGACAGCCAAGCACCAAUACCAUGGGUUUAUUUGGAGUAACCCAAGCCUCACAGCCUGGAGGUCUUUUUGGGACAUCUACAAACACCAGCACUGGAACAGCAUUUGGAACAGGAACAGGUCUCUUUGGGCAGACUAAUUCUGGAUUUGGUGCUGUUGGUUCGACCCUGUUUGGCGGUAACAAGCUUGCUACAUUUGGAACCAGCACAACCAGUGCUCCUUCAUUUGGUACAACCAGUGGCGGGCUCUUUGGUAACAAACCAACCCUGACUUUAGGAACCAAUACAAACACUUCCAAUUUUGGUUUUGGCACAAAUUCCAGUGGAAAUAGCAUAUUUGGAAAUAAGCCAGCAGCUGGGACUCUGGGAACUGGACUUGGAGCAGGAUUUGGAACAGCUCUUGGUGCUGGACAGGCAUCUUUGUUUGGGAACAAUCAGCCCAAGAUCGGAGGGCCCCUGGGUACAGGAGCCUUUGGGGGCCCUGGAUUUAAUACUACAACAGCCACUUUGGGCUUUGGAGCCCCUCAGGUUCCAGUAGCUUUGACAGAUCCAAAUGCUUCUGCUGCCCAGCAGGCUGCCCUCCAACAGCACAUCAAUAGUUUAACAUACUCACCAUUUGGAGACUCCCCUCUCUUCCGGAAUCCCAUGUCAGACCCUAAGAAGAAAGAAGAGAGAUUGAAGCCAACAAAUCCAGCAGCCCAGAAGGCUCUUACUACACCCACUCAUUAUAAACUUACACCGCGCCCUGCCACCAGAGUCCGGCCAAAGGCUUUACAGACAACAGGCACAGCCAAGUCACAUCUCUUUGAUGGGUUGGAUGACGAUGAACCAUCCCUAGCCAACGGAGCAUUCAUGCCUAAGAAGAGCAUUAAGAAGUUGGUUUUGAAGAACCUUAGCAAUAGCAAUCUCUUUUCUCCUGUUAAUCGUGAUGCCGAAGAUCUUGCUUCACCAUCUGAUUAUCCAGAAAACGGAGAGAGAUUCAAUUUCCUGAGCAAACCUAUUGAUGAGAACCAUCAGCAGGAUGGAGAUGAUGAUUCUCUUGUGUCACGUUUUUAUACUAAUCCUAUUGCCAAACCCAUCCCUCAAACUCCAGAGAGUGCUGGAAAUAAACACAAUAGCGGUAGCAGUGUGGAUGAUACCAUUGUUGCAUUAAACAUGCGGGUUGCCUUGCGAAAUGGGCUAGAAGGAAGUAGUGAAGAGGCGUCUUUCCAUGAUGAAUCACUGCAAGAUGACCGAGAAGAAAUAGAAAAUAAUACUUAUCACAUUCAUCCGGCAGGUAUUGUUCUAACUAAAGUUGGUUACUAUACUAUUCCAUCUAUGGAUGAUCUUGCUAAAAUUACUAAUGAGAAAGGGGAGUGCAUUGUAUCUGAUUUCACUAUUGGUCGUAAAGGUUAUGGCUCAAUAUAUUUUGAAGGAGACGUGAAUUUGACAAAUCUAAAUUUGGAUGAUAUUGUGCAUAUCCGAAGGAAAGAAGUGAUUGUCUACUUAGAUGAUAGCCAAAAACCACCUAUUGGUGAAGGACUUAAUAGGAAGGCUGAAGUUACAUUGGAUGGAGUUUGGCCAACAGAUAAAACAUCUCGUUGUUUAAUAAAGAGUCCAGAUCGACUUGCUGAUAUCAACUAUGAGGGAAGACUGGAAGCAGUUUCAAGGAAACAGGGAGCUCGGUUCAAAGAAUAUCGGCCUGAAACUGGUUCUUGGGUGUUUAAGGUCUCCCAUUUUUCUAAAUACGGCCUUCAGGAUUCUGAUGAAGAGGAGGAGGAACGACCUUCCAAAACUAGUACAAAGAAGUUGAAGACUGCCCCUGUGCCUCCUGCAGGCCAGACUAUACCCUUCCAGAUGGCUCUUAAUGGCAAACCAGCACCUCCACCCCAGGUAGAGAAGGGACAGUGGAUUUGAAUGGAAUCCAUGAUACAGAAGUUGAAAGCAAGUAAUUCAGCUAAUACAAAGCUGUUUUGUGGCCACUGGAACUUUGAAGAGUACAAAUGCAUUGGCAGUCAAACGUUGAAACAAGUACAUGGGAGGGUGUGAGGUGGUACUGGCAUCUGUUUUUUACUUGGGAGAUUUAAAGAAUGCUCUUGCUGUUUGGAUCAUUCCUUCUACAGAUUGUCAUUCUU